AUGGAUUCUCAUAAAGAUUUAAAGUAUUCAAACGACAAGUACAUAGAUUCUAUCCAAAUAGGCGAUAAACACGUCCAAAUACUCGCUCGUGUUGGGCCGGUUGAAGCUCCUAAAAAAGUAACGUUAAAGGACGGCAAAGAAAAGUUUGUCGUCAAGUUUAUGCUGAUGACUGACUCUCGGAGCAUUCGAUGCUCUGCUUGGGAUUCCGAAGUGGAAAAGAUCGUCAAAAUAAAGUCAAUGUGGGCUUCGAGAGGAGAUCCGAGAUUUAAUUCGGGUAACGUAGGCUUCAUUUUGUAUUUGAAGUCAUCUUCGGUCAUCACCCGCAUCGAUUCUGGGAGAUUGUUAUCCGGUGAAAUUCAGCCGACGUCUGUUGAUCUUUGCGACAUUUUUACUGUCGAAUGGCCCAUUUCUACCAUGGAAUAUUUGAUGGACGAAUUUCAAAUCGUGAUUCAGAAGAGCCCGCCCUAUGCGUAUAUGACCUUCAAACUGAGCAACGUAUAUAUUUUAUAAUAAUACCAAAAAUCAUGAUCAUAAUAAUUUAUAUUCAGCAAAGAAAUCAAUUGAAGUUUGUCAAAAUUCGAACAAAACAAUAAACUGAUAAAUUUCAAAUCAA